AUGAUUAAAGAAGCACUUCAUGAAGAACUAGGAAGUAUUAGACAAGAAAUAGAAAAUUUGAAGAAGAUGAUGCAAGAAGUAGCAGGUGGCUCAAAGGAAGGAUUGCAGAGGAACUACAGUGAAGCGGUAAAAAAUAAGAAGAAAGAAAACAUUAUAAUUGUGCAACCGAAGAGGGAGCAGGAAAAUGAAACUACCAAAAAAUUGGUGAAAGAGAAGAUAGAUAUAAAGAAGCUGGAAGUGGGAAUAUUAAAGUUGAAGAAAGGAAAUAAAAGAUCGAUUAUUCUUGGAUGUGAGAGCGAGGGAGAAAUGGAAAAGCUGAGGGAUACAGUACGUGAGAAGCUAGGUGACGAUUUCAAGGUCACAGAACCGAAAGAAGUAAAACCAAAAAUAAAGGCUGUAAAUGUUGGAGAAGAAGAAAUGCAACUGGAUGAUGAAGUCUUAAUUGACUCAAUCAAAGAACAAAAUAAAAUUGACGAAGAACUCCACAUAAAAAUAGUAAAGAGAAUGGCCAAAGGUAACAAAAAUUCUCGUGCUGGAAGUGGAAGAAAAGAAGACGGUUCCUUAAUAAUGGAGGUAGAUGAAAUUGCCCAUGAGCUGAUGCUGAAAAAAGAAAAAAUAAAUAUCGGAUGGAGGAAAUGUCCUGUGUUUGAACAUUACAGUGUUAAGAGAUGCUUUAAAUGUUGGGGUUACUAUCAUAUUGCUAAAAAUUGUAAGCGAGAAGAAACAUGUCAUAAAUGUGCUGGAAAUCAUAAAGCAAGUGACUGUAAGGUAACGAAGAUGAGGUGUGUAAAUUGUAUGUACAAAAUUAAAACGUACAAUUUAAAGAUAAAUGACGAACAUGAUGCGUUAAGCAGAAAAUGUCCGACUUUCACCAGAGCACUGGAGGAGGAGAAAAAAAGAGCGGGCUGGGAGUCCACUAAGUAG